UCCAAGAUGGCGGCGGCCGGGGCGGCCGGCGCCGUGGCCAACGUCUUCCCGUUCCGCGACGCCCGCGCCGCGCCGGACCCGGUGCUCGAGGCCGGGCCGGGGGCACACGGGCCAUUGCCGGUGCCGCUCGUGCUGGACAACGGGUCGUUCCAGGCCCGCGCUGGCUGGGCGUGCCCCGGCCCGGACCCGGGUCCCGAGCCGCGCCUGCAGUUCCGCGCUGUGUGCGCCCGCGGGCGGGGCGGGGCUCGGGGCGGGGCGGGCCCGCAGGUGGGCAACGCGCUGGGCAGCCUGGAGCCGCUGCGUUGGAUGCUGCGCUCGCCCUUCGACCGCAACGUACCGGUCAACCUGGAGCUGCAGGAGCUGCUGCUGGACUACAGCUUCCAGCACCUCGGUGUCUCCUCGCAGGGCUGUGUCGAUCAUCCCAUAGUUCUGACAGAAGCUGUGUGCAACCCACUGUAUUCUCGACAAAUGAUGUCCGAGCUUCUUUUUGAGUGCUAUGGGAUCCCUAAGGUUGCCUAUGGAAUAGACAGCCUCUUCAGCUUUUACCACAAUAAGCCAAAGAACUUGAUUUCCAGUGGGCUCAUCAUUUCAUCUGGAUACCAGUGUACACAUAUUUUACCCAUCUUAGAAGGGAGGUUAGAUGCUAAAAACUGCAAACGCAUCAAUCUGGGAGGAAGCCAAGCAGCUGUCUACCUCCAGCGCCUCCUGCAGCUGAAGUAUCCUGGGCACCUGGCAGCCAUCACACUCAGCCGCAUGGAGGAGAUCCUGCACGAGCACAGCUACGUUGCUGAAGAUUAUGUGGAAGAACUGCAAAAAUGGAGAUGCCCUGAUUAUUACGAAAACAAUGUCCACAAGAUGCAGCUCCCGUUCUCUAGCAAGCUCCUGGGCAGCACUCUGAGCUCUGAGGAGAAGCAGGAGAGGCGGCAGCAGCAGCUGCGGCGCCUGCAGGAGCUCAAUGCCCGCCGGCGGGAGGAGAAGCUGCAGCUGGACCAGGAGCGGCUGGACAGACUGCUCUAUGUGCAGGAACUUUUAGAAGAUGGCCAGAUGGAUCAGUUUCACAAAGCUCUGGUAGAGCUGAACAUGGACUCCCCGGAAGAACUGCAGUCCUACAUACAGAAACUCAGCUCAGCAGUGGAGCAGGCAAAGCAGAAAAUCCUCCAAGCAGAAGUCACCCUUGAGGUGGAUGUGGUGGACAGCAAGCCUGAGACCCCUGACCUGGAGCAGCUGGAGCCAUCUCUGGAAGAUGUGGAAAGCAUCAAUGAUUUUGAACCCUUGUUUUCAGAGGAAACCCCUGAAGUGGAGAAGCCAGUUACCACUGUCCAGCCCGUGUUUAACUUGGCAGCCUAUCAUCAGCUGUUUGUUGGGACAGAAAGAAUUCGAGCUCCAGAAAUUAUCUUCCAGCCGUCCCUCAUAGGGGAAGAGCAAGCUGGGAUAGCAGAGACCCUUCAGUACAUCCUGGACAGAUACUCAAAGGAUGUUCAGGACUUGCUGGUUCAGAACGUUUUCCUCACCGGUGGAAACAUGAUGUACCCUGGGAUGAAAAGUAGAAUUGAGAAGGAGUUGUUGGAGAUGAGGCCCUUCCAGUCUGCUUUUAAGGUCCAGCUUGCCUCCAACCCUGUGCUGGACGCCUGGUAUGGCGCUCGGGACUGGGCCUUGGACUACCUGGACAACGAUGAAGUGUGGAUCACCAGGAAAGAGUAUGAAGAGAAGGGAGGAGAGUACCUCAAGGAGCACUGUGCAUCCAACAUCUACGUCCCCAUCCGUCUGCCCAAGCAGGCCUCCCGCUUCUCAGACACGCAGGCCCCCGGCAAAGGCUCGGGGGCCAGUGGAGGCAGUGCUGGUGAGCAGGCAUAGUGGAUGCCCUCUGGGACCUGGGGCCUCGGCCAGUGUGACGAACGGUGGCUGUGCUAGCUGGCUCUGCCCUGAGCCAGCUGGUAGCACUGGGCAGCAAGGUGGAUUUCUCCUGGGGAGAAUAGUUACGGGACUCUGGGAGUUUCCCUUUGGAAGUGUGUUCACUUGGGGGUUCCUGCAGUGAAGAGACUUGAAAUGGCUUUCUGGUAUUGUUCCUGAACCAAGGACGAACUGUGGCAUCAGCUUCCUGCAGCAGUAAAUGAAGACAGUGUAGGACAAGGAUGUACAAAACGUAAAAAGUUUAUUUCUUUAUUUAAAAAGUUCUUUAAAAGAAUCCUUCAAAAUGGAUAUUGUCAGUGUAGAUAUUCUUCUGACUUUAUUCAGAAAUCAUGUGACUGCCCAGCAGAUGGAGGACUUUCACAGGUGUAUAAACAAAAGGUAGUGUUAGUGUGACAAAAGCAGUUGCCCACCAAAUCUCAGGAGCUGGAAAUGUUUUCCUUCUAUCAUUUCCUCUUAAACUAGGUAGAAAGGGCCUAGAGAAGGUACAAAACGUAAAAAGUUUAUUCUUUGUUUAAAAAGUUCUUUAAAAGAAUCCUUCAAAAUGGAUAUUGUCAGUGUAGAUAUUCUUCUGACUUUAUUCAGAAAUCAUGUGACUGCCCAGCAGAUGGAGGACUUUCACAGGUGUAUAAACAAAAGGUAGUGUUAGUGUGACAAAAGCAGUUGCCCACCAAAUCUCAGGAGCUGGGAAUGUUUUCCUUCUAUCAUUUCCUCUUAAACUAGGUAGAAAGGGCCUAGAGAAGGUGACCAAACGGCAGAGUUUCUCCAUCAGGGACCUGCGUGGGUCCACUUCUGAAUGGGCAGAAAUGAGGCCUUUGCCCAAUUUUUGUUCAUACUUUCUAUGCUGGAAACUUUUCCACCACAUGAGGCCUUCCUACAGAUUUUUCUUUCAAUGUCCACAAGUUUGUUGGCUGCUUAACUUUCUUGGGCCUUUCAGAAGAACGAAACAAGUCUGGAAAAGGUGAAUUCUGUAGCUGCCUCAGUGUUGCCAUAAUCUUAUAUUCCCUGUGCCCUUGCAGCAUCAUCUUAAAUGGACAAAUGACCCCUCUCUUUUAUAGAGAUUGCUCAGUGUGAAUUUUAACAGAAACAUUCCUGGUAAUUGAAUGCUUAUGUCCAGAGGCCCCUGAGACGCUAGUGUCUGUCCCAGAAUCUGUCCAUUUAAAUCCCAUGGAGCCUCUAGCCCAUCCUUCUGAUGAGGCCCCCUCAGGACCUGUUGGCUCAUGCAGUGUACCAGGGGCGAUCACCUGGAUCUGCAGCCCUCGGGUUAGAAACUAAAAGCUUGGAGUGGGCAGUGGUGGUGCAGAAGGUAGAAGACUCAAGCCAACCCAGGGUCUCCCAGAGGAUUGCCAGUGAGCCACUGGCCGUGUAUAGCAGGGCCCAGGUACUGAGGAGACUUUGAUAGGCAUGUGCUGUUAUGAAAAAAGAAUAGUUGCCAAGAAGAAGGCAGGACCAACCUCCACAUGAGGGAGGUUUUCAUAUGCUGUUCCCAGGAAGAGGAGCACACUGACUGCUGGUAGGCCUGGAGAUCCCUCUCCCAUUGUCAACAGUUUUAACAGCCUGAGCGACAUAGUGAAAUCAGCGUGGCCAGGGAGGCCGAGCCCUGGUGGCGAGGCCCCUGGGUGGGCAGGUAAGCCCAGACAUGUUUAAGCUGGGCCUACCGGAACUGAGGAGGUGUGGGGCUGCAGUGAAGGGCAGGCUGAGGGGCUUGGGCUCUCCAGUUGCAUCUCUCACUCCUCACAUUAAGCAUACCGUGACCUUUCACAGCCGCCUUACGGGUUACCGUGGCUCUUCUGAAGGAAGCUGCCCCUCUCUCCCCAGCAUGCCGAGCAGGCAUAUGCCAUCCGUGCAUUCCCUCAGCCUUGCACAGACCACCAGCAGAACACUCACCACAAGCCUGGGCUUUGUUUCUCCCCCAGGACUGUUGCCUUAAACUGAAGUGUUCCGAAGAGCAAGAAGUGUUCCAUUCAGUGUAGAGUAUCUACAGCUGAGUGCUGGACCGGGAGGGUGCUGAGGGCUCACAGGAUUUUUAAUGGAUGACUAAAUCUAUGACCAGAGAACAUUUGAGAAUAGUCUGAUUGUCUACUCUGUUGAGAGGAACAGAUCAAGAGUCCACGCUGAGGACUUCCUCUCAACCGGGGAGCCCUAUUCAUUGAGGCAUCUGAUGUUCCUGGAUAGGUGGGCCAUGACUGCAUGCAGCUGAAUGUUCUGGGGGCGGCUGUGAAGGAACAGACUCCUGUAUCCCAGCUUCAGGCUCUUGUGGCAGGAGGAGAUAGCCUGAGGAAGGGACUGUCCUGUGUCUCUAGGACCAACUAGCUCUGGAUUUGAGUUAGGGCAGCUCUCAAAGUUGGGCAGCCACAAAGAGUGAUUGAGCCCCCCCCCCCCCCGCCGCUGGCUAAGAUGGUGGUAGGGGUACCCUGACUGUUGCCUGCUUAUGCUGCCUCUGCCUCCUGGUGGCAUCUCUGGAAAUAAGCAGUUUUGCCAAAGGAACAGAGCAGGUAAAAAUAAAAGGAAGUGGCAUAAGAGUGUAGUUAAGUGUUCAGAGAUGUGCAGACAAGGCUAAACCAAGAAAUGGAGAUUUAGACAAAUGUAACAUGCAAAGAUUAUUUAUGCCUACCUAAGGGAUUAAGUGAAUAAAGUGACAUCUAUCCUUAAUAGAACUUUGCCAUUAGAUUGUCACAAGAAAAUUAGAGAAUGAGAGGGUGCCAGAGGAUUCAGAGGUGUAGGCAGAGCCUGGCUGUGUACAGAGUACAUUCUCUUUUCCUUCUGGGCCCAUGGCUGCACUACAUUUCCCAGCCUCCCUUGUGGUUGUUAUCAGGGCCAUCUGAGUUUGGCUGGUGGAAUAUGGGCAGAAGGACGCCCGUCGUUUCCAGGGCUGGCUUCAGUAAACCUCGCCUAAGAGCCCUCUUCCUCCUUCCCUGACUGUGGGCUGAAUGGAGAGCCAUCUAAGGCCCAGAGGAGUGCAGAGUCACAAAGUGGAAGGAACCAAGUCCCUAAGUGACUGCCUGGAGCAGCGGCCCUGCAAAUUCUUCCCUUGUGAGGAAGUAAACUCUGUGUUAAGCUGCAGAGCUCUCAGGCCUUAUCUACUAUAGCAACUAGCAUUAUUCCAGCAAAAACUUUAGGUUACAAAUAAAAAUGUCAUCAACUUCGUGUUAAACAGGGAAAAAUAAAAAUAUGAAACUAGGAGAAUAAUGUGGCAGAUAGUGAUUCUUUCAUUUAGAAAAUGAGAAUGACCAUCACUUUUAUCCUGUAGGAGGAUUAAUGAUAUAAUGAAAUCACCUAAGGAUUUCUACCAACUUGGCAGAUUUCUGAUUUAGAAGACCCCCUGCCCCCAACCUGCUACAAAGCUAGGCAAAAAGUUAAAGUAUAACUAUACAAAAAGUUAUAAUACUGAACCCGAAAGAGAAAAUUCUAGCUAUCAAUAGGAAAUGAUAGAAAUCAGAAAUAAAUACAAAAAUCGUGGCUGGAGUGGUAACCACAGUACGCACUGAGGGAAACCAGAGCUUUCAGGCUGAGAUGAGCCCUAGGGAUGGACAGGGACUCCUGAGCCCUGGGAAGUCCCACAGGCAGACUGACCUCCUUGUUUUCUCUUUCUGUUCCCUUCCUUCCAUGACAUGUCUAUUCCCCCAAUUCCGCUUAUGUCUGUGAGCAUCCACUAAGACCCAGGUACUCUUCCCUUGUGCCCCAUGUCCACCAGAGCUCCUCUUCCUUUCCUAGGCCCAGGGAGCCCUGUGAAAUCCAAUCGUUCCAGAGGCCCAGAAGCCAUUUCCCAUAGCACACAUUUUUACUGACCAAAGUCACCAUGAGGGCAGGGUGAGUCUAUGCUAUAGGGAAAGUCAAGGUGAUGCGGUGGGUUGAAUUGUGUCCUGAGAUGAUAUGUCCGGGUGGUAACCCAGUGUCUCUAAAUGUGACCUUAUUAGGAAAUGGGUUCUUUGUAAAUGGAAUUAAGGAUCUGGACGUGAGAUCAGCCUGGUAGGGUGGGCCCUCAAUCCAAUGGCUGGUAUCCUUAUAAAAUAAAUGACACAGGAAAGAAAGCAAUGGAGAGGCAGAGGCUGGAGUAAGGCAGCCACAAGCCAGGGAAUGCCAGGAGCCACCAGAAGCUAGAAGAGGCAAGGAAGGAUUCUCCCCUAGAGCCUUCAUGGGGGGAGUGUGAUCCAGAUGAUACCUUGAUUUGGUAUCCAGGACUGUGAGUAAAUUUCUGUUGCUUUAGGUACUGUGUUUGUGGUCAUUUGUUAUAUACGCAAAUGUCCAGGUCGAGUCUGGGAAGGAAUCUGGGUAUGGGUAGGAAAUUUUUAAGCCAUAAAGAAGCAGAGAACUUGCCUACAAGAUGGAGGAGUCCUAGCAAUGGCAGGACCAAGAUAACAACCAACAUCUAUCAUGGGGCAAGCUGGCAUUGGCAAUGAAGGAUAGGGAGGUGGGGUUUGGGAAGUGCACAGGACCAGAGCUGAAGGUCCUGGAGAGGCCAGGCUUCUGGGGAUAAGAGAGGCCCUAGGCAGUCCGAGGUGGUGUAUGGGGAAGCAUGGAAGGGGCUGGCACCUGGAGGUUUAUUACAGCAACAGAAGAUCACAGGAAGCUGGACCACCCAAAGGUGCUAAAUACUGGAGAAUCUAUCUCACUGCAGCACCAGGAGGGGGAGCUUAGAGAGACUUAGAGACCAACUAAAAUACUCUCCCUGCCCUGCUCCUCACCUAUAUCCUGCUAAUAGGUGCUCAGGUAAACCUAACAUGCCUAAAUAUGAAGAGUAAUAAAAACAGCAUUCUAAAGGGGAUAUUGCAAGAUAAAACUAAAAUCAGAAAAUUCAAAGUCAAACUUGUUAGCAGAAAAUACAGAGGGAUAAAAGCCAGAAAAAAAUUGUAAUGCAGCAUUCCAACACAAAAUAAUUAGACAAGCAAAUGCAGUUGUGAGGACACCACAAAACAAAUGAAAAUCUUCGAGUAGAAAUGACCAAGCAGAUGUGAAAUGAGAACUGAGAGGACCCAGGAAAAGAAACUGAAUAUAAAAGAAAAAUGAUCUCAGAAAUCUAAAUCCAAGAUGCACAAAGGGGAGAUAGAGUCACCUGGAAAGAAAAAGAGGAAAAACGAAGUGAAAGAAAAUAAGAGAAAGUUCCAGAUAAGGAAGAAGAGGCAAAAGAAAUCUAAUCAAGUUGGACAUAGUUGAAAAUUCAGUAUAUUGAAUUUUAUAUUGUAAAGGAAAAAAAACAAUGGAAUAAAAAUUCAUAUUUCAGUGGUAAUUUGGUAAUACUUUCCUCCGAGAGAGAAAAUGCUCUGAAUACAAAUACGGAAAGAGACACUGUGUAUGCACGUGGGAAGAGAGACUCAGAAGUGUCAACUCUAAGAAGAUCCUAGGCAAAUAAAUCCUCUGGGCUUCUAGGCAAAAAGACACAAUGGCUUACAGUAUCAAGAAAAACUAGAUGUCAUCAGACUUUCUGACAGCACUCUGUGUAAUUUAAUAGUAGAAAGUUGACCAAAGAAAUUGAAUUAUGAAAAAACAAAAACGGUAGAAUAAACUUAUUUGAAAAAAAAAUUUAAGAAACCUGCUAGAAAAAGGCCAACAACAGUUUAAAACUACUAGAAAGAAUAGGGAAAGAACAAAUACAUGAAAUAAUAAGGAAUUACUAAAACAAGAAAAAUCAUUACUUUCUACAGUUCCUUGCAAAUACAUUUGAAAAUAUAGAUAAAAUUUGUCAUUUUUUAGGAAAAUGGAAUGUACCAGGACUGACCUGACAGGAGUCGAGUCCUGGCUCCAGAUGCUUUCACCCAGAAAUGACACAACACAUGUGCUCUGAUUUCAUUGGCCAAAGCAAGUCAUUUAGCUGUGUGUGAUUUCUUAGCAUUCUGUGUUACCUCCUCUAACUAGUUAUAUCUUUAUGUAAUUUUUUUUUUUGGUGAUUGCUCUAGAAGUUACAUUAUGCAUCCUUCAUUUAUUGUAUGGAUUCUGUAAUACUUCACAUACAACGUAAGAAUGUUGCCACAUAUAACUCCAUUUUUCACUUUGGGGAUUUGCUAUUGGUAUGUGCUUUACUGUCACAAACCCCAUAACACAUUUUUAAUUUUUAAAAUUUGGUCAGUAGUCUUUUGGAGAAAUCUAAAAAGAUCAUCUUUUACCUGCACAUUGAUUCUUUCUGGUCAAGAACGUGGGAGUGGGAGGACAUUUUCUUGGCAUUAGUUCUGGCACAUUCUCCUCAUACUAACAGGAUGGGGGAGGGGCUUCCCUCUGACGUUUGCCUAGCCAAACAGCCUUUUGGAAACCUUCCAGAGGAAAUGCAGUGGGUUCUCCCUGGAGCCUUGCUGCAAAUUGGAAAAGAAUUGUCUGGAAGAUGAAUUCACCUCCUUGGCUUUUUCUAGCCUGCGUAACAUUUCGAUGAAAACCUGGCUGGGAGUGGGCUAUAUCGGAUCCUGCCAGCCCUUUCCCAGACUGGGCAACCAUCUGGAGAUUGCCUGGGAGUCAAGUUGAUGGGUAUUUUCUCAGUCUAGACAAAAUUCUGCGAACUCUAACUUUAGUUGUGGGAGGAGGAGUUUACUUGCUGAUCAUUCGCUAGCUCAGGACACCAGCAGUACUUUGGACUGGGUUUCAUAGAAGUAUUGUUAAAUCUAGAAGGGUUUAUAAUUGGAUCAGCAAUAUCCAUGCCCUGGUCACUGUUCAUAGUAAAGGACGUUCCGAGAGUAUGAACUAAGGAAGUCCUUUUGUCGAUAGAUUCUGUCGGCCUUUGUCAUAGGCAUGUCUCCGCCAUUGUGAGGAGGUACACCCAAUUGCUUAAAAUAUACAAAUAAGAAUCUGAAUAAAACUGACCAGAAAAUUUACAAAGGCCCCCAAGGAGGAGGUAGAUCUGCCCUCUUCUUGACAGCUUUCCCCACAUUCUGACUAUAGGGAAUUUCUUACAAGAUCAUUGAGGAACACUGGGAAAUUUGGGGACCUGCCAACUAUACCCAGUUAAUCCUGACAUCCUCUGUGUGUGUGCCAAGCCAUGGGUUCUGGAAACAGGAUGAACAAACAGACCCUUUGGUGCCUCAAAGUGGUGCCCCCACUUUGGGGGUACACCAAAGAAGACAUGGAAUGCAAAACAUCCCAAAGGUUCUUUGAAUUUGGGGCCAAUUCUGAGGGAAGGACCAAAAUCAAAAGAGCUUCUAGAAGAGCCUGCUUGGGUGAAGAAGAUGAGAAUAGGAGGGGGUGGCUGGGGAAGAUGAAGGUGAAGUUCUACCCCUUGUGAGCUCUGAGAGCAGUCAGGCGAGUUUUCAAUAAAUGUGCUUUUAUUUUCCUCAUUCUGAGUUCCCAGGCCUGCUCUUUUCACUUGCUGCUAUCAGGAUUCCAGGGCUUGGCCUUGAGAAUAGAGAGCCUCCUUAGUGGCAAUUUCUAGUGAAGAGAAUCUCAGAAAAGGAGGAAGUGUUCCCUCUUACCCUGAAAAUUUGGAAAAGCAGACACUCUCUGGAGAGCAGCAGAAAGCUGUUUCAAAGAGCCUAUUCCUGGGAUGCCUGGGUGAUUCAGCAGUUGAGCAUCUACCUUCGGCUCAGGGUGUGUUCCCGGGAUCCAGGAUCCAGUCCCACAUCGGACUCCCUGUGGGGAGACUUUUCUCUCUGCCUAUGUCUCUGCCUCUCUCUCUCUCAUGAAUAAAUAAAUCUUAAAAAAAAAAAAAAGCCUGUUCCCUUAAAAUAUGGGAUUCUCAUCCUGCUCUGAUUUUAGCUGCAAGUGUUAUUUGUAACAAAGGACUUUUUUUUAAAAAGAUUUAUUUAUUCGAAAGAGAGAGAAAGCAUGAGCAGGAGAGGCAGAGGGAGAGAGAAUUUCAAGCAGACUCCGUGCGCUGAGCCCAGAGCCUGACUUGGGGCUGGAUCUCAUAACCAUGAGGUUAUGACCUGAGCCAAAACCAAGAGUUGGAUGCCUGAUUGAGCCACCCAGACACCCCUGUAACAGAAGACUCUUUAAAGUUGUCUGGGUCUUACAGAAAUAUAAUCAUGUGUUAUAAGAAAAAAGAAAUCUUUUAAAAAAGUGAUAUCUUUAAAAUUAAAAAUUUUAAUCGGUAGCUUUGCUUAAUUAUAUAUUGCCCAAGUAAUAACAUUUCAUUUACAUUUCUGUUUUAAAAAUAAAGGUAUAGCCCUUUGUCCAUUGUCUGUAUUGGCCAGAGGAGCUUUGCAAUUUACCUCUUCUUCUUUCUCCUGUGACUAUGACUUUAACAAUACACAAUACAAUGUACAAAAUUGUGCAUUUGGCUUUGGAAUUGUAUGUAUGUUAUUUGCAAUUAUAAAACGAAGUUUUACUCAAAGUGAGAGCACAAUCCUUAAAAAUCAAAAGCAAAGUGAAAGAAGUGAACCUAAUUAUCAGGUUGGUAGCUUGCUUACACAGAGGUCUUAUUUUAAGUCUUGAAUGAGGUGACUUUAAUAAGGUGAUAUUGUUUUAAGUGACUUUUUUUCACAAUAGUGAGGAAAAAAACCAGUAGUUGAAUGUACAUCUUUCGUGGGAUAUAGUCUAAGAACAAAAAAGGACUGUAAAAACAUCUUGCUGUUUCAGCAAUUAGGGCAUUGGUAAUGGCUAUUCUGAAGAUAUAAAUGUAUAUAUAUACAUGCAAAUAAUUCUGUUAAUGUUGCUAGAAACCAGGAUUUCCAGCAUAAGAGACAAGAUAUAAAAAUAUAAAAUCAGUGGUGCCUAAGUGGCUCAGUUACACGUCCAACCCUUGAUUUUGGCUUAGGUCAUGCCAGGGUAGUGAGAUCUGUGCAUCAGCUCUGUGCUGGGCAUGGAGCCUGCUUAAGAUUAUCUUUCCCACUCCCUCUGCUCCUCACCACGCCCCUCCCCCACCGUGUGCUAUUUCUUUGUCCAAAUAAAAAAUAUAUAUGUAUACAUAUAAAACCAAAAAUUAAAAGUUCUGCAAUCCUAAAUUUGAAUCAUAAGUAUCAGUAUGAGCACAUGAUGUAUUUUCUCUCUAAAGGUAUUAAUUUCUUAGCUGAAAUAUGAUCUGGAAAUAAUGAAUAUCCCAGUAUCAAGGAACACCCCUAGUGUGGCUUUUUAUUAACCAGUUCUCAUUAAAAGGAACCAGGGCUCUUUGGAGAAAUGGCUGCUUCCAUCUCUGGGGCAGGAAAGAUGAACCUGGCCUACCUACUGUUGCAUCAGAAAGCAAGGAAACUAUCAAAAACUCCCAAAGACUCCUGGGAUCAUAUUGAAAGAAGGAGCCAACUUGAAGUGGCUCCCACUGGCUGAGGAAUGAGAUCAUUGGAGCCUCAGAAAGAACAAAAAUGGGGGCACCUGGUGACUCAGUCGAUUAGGCAUCUGCCUUUGGCUCCGGUCGUGAUCCGGCGUCCUGGGAUCAAGCCCAGGGUCAGCCUUCCAGCUCGACAAAGAGUCUGCUGCUCCCUCUCCCUCUGCCGCCCUCCCUGCUCAUUCUCCCCACCCCCCCCCCGUCUCUCAAAUAAAAUCUUAAAAAAGAAGAAAUUAAAAAAUUAAGGGUUCAAGCACAUCAGAUAUGAAAAUCCAUGAAUUCAUCAUUGGUUGCCUUUGGAGAAACCAGCUCACAAUUCUGCAAAUGAUAUAAAAUGAAAGAAGUGAGCAUUGAUUCAGCCUUUCUUGUACCAACUGCAUCCCAUGGUAAACAAAUGGUAAGAGAAUUCUUCUUUAUGGAAGACUUCUAGCUAAUCUAUGAAGAAAGAAUGAUAGAAUUCCAUCAUUGUCUAACUCUUGACAAUGGCAAGAGGCCAUGAUCACCGACCCCUGCUAAAACCCAUUGGGUGAAAAGCUGAAGGUAUCUUUAUAAUGGACGGAUAUUAUGUGCCUUCUGACGUGAUGCAAUAUAACAUCUUGAACACCAUCCAUGAAGUACUCUUACAAAAAAUUUUUAAUCUGAAUCUAGUCAGGUCCCCAGAUUUGACUGCCAGUUUCCUGGAAAUACUCGGAGCAGAGAAGCAUUGUAUAAAUUAAGGUCCCAACAGGAAGCAGAUGGUGAACGCUGAUUAGGGAAAUUCCAAGCGGGGUUAUUUAUCCAGGUGAAGGCAGUGUGGAAAGAAUUAAUGGAAUGAGAGGCAGAGAAGCCUUCCCCAGAAGAAAGAAGAAUUACCAGAACCUGGAAAGGGAGGGAGUUGUGUCUUGAGAGGAACAGUUACCUUCGGCCAAGAAGCACAGCCAACCCAAUGUGGCCUUGCAGGUAGGGGGCCAGGGAACUGAUGACUCUGACUUCACUCUUUUCCCUCCUUCCCACUCCCCCCCGGGGCUCCCUAUUGGCCAGACCCUGGAGCCAGAGGGUGAUGGAACCUGGAGAUGCCAUCUAUGUGGGUCAACCUCCAGGAGCAAAGACCAGCGUGGAGAAGAGUGGAAGGAGGACCUGAAGGGGGCAAGUAAGUAAAAUUGGUCACAAACAUGCUAACACCAUGGGGAUGCAAUCAGCAAAAUCCGGAAUUCAGAGAACUCUCCAGGACAAACAAGCUGCUGCUUCUUUUUUUUAUUCCACCAAAUAAAUUGCAAAGAAGGGGGAAAAAAGAGGCUGGGUGGGGAAACCUAUAAAUUAACUUUCCUCCUGCCCCAACAAGUAAACUGCAAAGGGGGUAAAAGGAAGACCCGUGAAUUAAAAGACACUUGAAACUAAAAACAGAUACGAAGUUUGGACCUUGUUCAGAUCCUGAUUGUAAUGAAUCAACUGUUAAACAAAAUAAACUUCUGAAAAAAAUCUGGGAAAUGUGACCAUUGGAUAUUUGAUGAUAUGAGAAUUAUUGAUAAGUUUUUAUUUUCCGAUGUACUUGUUAUGCCAAGAGAGGGGUGGGGAGGCUUAUCGAGGUACAUACUGAAGUAUUUGCAGAUGAAAUGAUGUGUCUGGGAUUUGCUCCAGAGUAAUCAAGUGGGGUGGAGGGGAGUGGGAGGGAGGUACAGAGGAAAAGUUGCCAACUGUUAGGUGGGGAGGAAUAGGUACACAGGGGUUCAUUAUACCUCUGUCUCUUGCUUUUGCAUGUGUUUGAAGUUUCCCAUUUAAAAAAUUAGAGUCAUAGUACUCUCAUCUAGCCUUUUUUUGUUUGUUCUGUAGCAAUAUGUCUUAGAUAUUAUGCAACCUCACUGCAUAUGGAGUGGCUUCUCAUCUUUGAAAAAUGUAUGUGCAUAUGCGUCUGUCACAAACAUGAUAACUCCAUGAGAGUGUGAUCAGCAUAUCCAUGACCUAGAUAUAUGCUAUUUCCACAAAUAGUAGCAGACCAUGCACAGUAUAACAUGUCUUGGAGAUCACACCACAUCAAUAUAAAGAGAACUUCUACAUUCUUUUUUUUUCUUUGUUCUUAUGUCUUAUGGAUAAGGCAUUCACAAGAUUCUGAAAAACCACCCUCCAGUCCUUUGUUCUUUUAUAGUAAGAAAUGUGAGAAGAAUUACAACCAUUUUCCUGUAAUGGGUGUUUGUCAUUUGACUUUGUUGGGUGUUUUUUUCAUGCAGAAUUCUUUAUGGUCUCAAAUCAAGCAAUCUUUUAAAAUUGCUUUUUGAGUUUUAUCUCAUACUUAGAAAAGCCUUACUCUGAGAUAAUAAAAAUCUUAUGUUUUCUUUCCGUAAACUUAAUUCUUUUAAACCUUUUAUUUAGAAAGAUUUUCUUUACUUAUUUGACAGAGAGAGAGAAAGGGAGGGAGGGAGUGGGAGGGAGAGAGAAUCUGAAGCGGACUCUAUGCUGAGCGCAGAGUCCACAACGGUGCUGUGCUUGGAGUUCCAGGAGAUUACGCCGGGAGCUGAAACCAAGAGUCUGAAUGCUUAAAUGAGCCAUCCAGGCACCCCUCUUUUAAAUCUUUCUUGUAAAAAGAGUAAUGUAAAUAAUGGCAUAAAAUUUAAGUGUACAACCUAGUAACUUGUUAUAAAAUGAGCCUGUGUAAUCACGGUGGUCAAGAAACUAAAUACUGCUUUUCUGUGUUCCCUCCCCAGAAACCCCCACUAUCAUCUUUCCUGAUUAAA